GUGGGGCGCUGCAACUAGCCACCAGCCCACUGCUCUUGGCGUGCCGGUGGAUGCGGUGGGCUCCAUCGUCAAAUAAUAUACUACUUGCUGAAUGUGUAUAUGUGUACGGGCUUGCGUGUGGCAUAUAUAUUGUGUAUUUUGUGGGUUUGUGUACCGUUCGAUGUUGUGUGGUGUAUGGUGUGCAAGUGCCGGUCGCGGUGGUGGCACAAGUUCAUGGAUAGCCUUGCAUGUCUUGCAUCCCCAACAAUCCCCAACAAAGCAUUGGCUUUUGCCACUAUCGGCAGGCUAUCUUACGUCCAUUAAUUAACAUUCCUCUGACGAGCUCCUCAAUUGUGGGAUGGGCUCGGAUACGGGGGUAGUUCUUCUCCGCUCGUGUGGGAGAAUCCUAGA